AUGGUCACCUAUACCAUGACCAGCUCUCUGUACCUCAUUACCUUUGGCAUGGGCGCCAGCCCAUUCACAAACCUAGAGGCUGUCAAGGUCUUCUGUCAGAACAUGUGUGUCUCCAUUCUGUUAAACUACUUCUACAUCUUUUCUUUCUUUGGCUCCUGUCUGGUCUUCGCGGGCCAGCUAGAGCAAAACCGCUACCACAGCAUCUUUUGCUGUAAAAUCCCUUCUGCGGAGUACCUGGACCGCAAGCCCGUGUGGUUCCAGACCGUGAUGAGUGACGGGCACCAGCAGACAUCCCAUCAUGAGACAAACCCCUACCAGCACCACUUCGUUCAGCACUUCCUCCGUGAGCAUUACAACGAGUGGAUUACCAACAUCUACGUGAAGCCCUUUGUGGUCAUCCUCUAUCUCAUUUACUCCUCCUUCUCCUUCAUGGGGUGCCUGCAGAUCAGCGACAGAGCCAACACCAUCAACCUGCUCGCCAGCGAUUCCCCGAGUGUUUCCUACGCCAUGGUCCAGCAGAAAUAUUUCAGCAACUACAGCCCUGUGAUAGGCUUCUACGUCUACGAGCCCCUCCAGUAUUGGAACAGCAGCGUCCAGGAGGACCUGCGGAGACUCUGCAGUGGGUUCACUGCCAUGUCCUGGGUAGAGCAGUACUACCAGUUCCUGAAAGUUAGCAACAUCAGUGCCAGUAACAAGAGCGACUUCAUCAGUGUCCUGCAGAGUUCAUUUCUCAAAAAGCCCGAAUUCCAGCACUUUCGCAAUGACAUCAUCUUCUCCAAGGCAGGGGAUGAGAGCAACAUCAUUGCUUCUCGCUUGUACCUGGUGGCCAGGACGAGCAGAGACAAGCAGAAGGAAGUCAUAGAAGUGUUGGAAAAGCUGAGGCCCCUGUCCCUCUCCAAGAGCAUCCGAUUCAUUGUGUUCAACCCCUCCUUUGUGUUUAUGGACCAGUAUGGCUUGUCGGUCACAGUGCCUGUCCUGAUCGCAGGCUUUGGUGUUCUCCUGGUGUUAAUCCUGACUUUUUUCCUAGUGAUUCACCCUCUGGGAAACUUCUGGCUGAUUCUCAGCGUCACCUCAAUUGAGCUGGGGGUCCUGGGCUUAAUGACAUUAUGGAACGUUGACAUGGAUUGCAUUUCUAUCUUGUGCCUUAUCUACACUUUAAAUUUCGCCAUUGACCACUGUGCACCACUGCUUUACACAUUUGUACUAGCAACCGAGCACACCCGAACGCAAUGUAUAAAAAUCUCCCUGCAAGAGCAUGGGACAGCCAUUUUGCAAAAUAUUACUUGUUUUCUUAUUGGGUUGGUCCCCCUCCUAUUUGUGCCUUCGAACCUGACCUUCACACUGUUCAAAUGCUUGCUGCUCACCGGGGGUUGCACACUUCUGCACUGUUUUGUUAUCUUACCUGUGUUCCUAACCUUCUUCCCCCCUUCCAAAAAGCACCAUAAAAAAAAGAAACGUGCCAAGCGAAAGGAGAGAGAGGAGAUCGAAUGCAUAGAAAUUCAAGAGAACCCUGAUCACGUCACCACAGUCUGA